AGUCAACACAAGAAUCUCCAGUAGGAAGUCAGGCUGCAGUCCAGCGUUUUCCGUAAAGUCUCUUCAAGCUUGUGAUGGACAAAAUUCCCGUUUUUAAUUUCAGCCUGCUGCAGGUGUCUACUGACGGGAAACUGUUAGCUAUUUCUGCUCUUUAACUAUCAGUUUCGUGUUAAUGUUUCUUCGUUUUUAGUUCGUGAGGUACUCGGUGUGUAAUUUAAUUUAAUCCCACGUUGAUAAAAAAGGUUUUUUUUUAGUUAUUUAACCUCAGAAGUGUGUAAAGAUUCACAAGAGCAACAAAAUGAACUGUGGCCUGCUGACAAACAAGAAUGAACCAGUUCCACUAAAGAACAUCGAGGUGGAUCUGCAGGUUCAGGGGCAUGUAGCGACAGUGACCUCCACACUGAAGUAUAUAAAUGAGGAAGAUAACACCCUGGAAGCCGUGUUUGUCUUCCCCAUGCCUUCAGGAGCUGCUCUUUGCCAUUUCAGUGCCAAGAUUGCAGAUCAGGAGAUAGUGGCUGAGGUGCAGGAGAAACAGGAGGCGCGGGAGCAGUACGAUGAUGCACUGAGUUCAGGUGAACAGGCGUUUCUGCUGGAGGAGAGUGAGGAGUCUGCGGACGUGUUCAGGCUCAGUGUGGGCUCUCUGCCUCCACACCAGAGUGCCGCUGUCACCUUCAUCUAUAUCAUUGAACUCAGUGUGCAGGCUGACCAUUCACUGCAGUUCUGUCUGCCUGCAGUACUCAACCCUCGCUACACACCAGCUGGUACAGGGGGUGGUAUAGUGUCAGAGAUAACAUCAAGUUCCGCUGGUAUCCCCUACUCCCUCUCUUUUACUGCACAUAUAAACUCUCCAAACCCCAUCACUAAAGUGGAGUCCAAAUGUCCUCUAGAGCCUCUGAUGUUCCUCAACACAGACCACACCAAGGCAAAGGUAAGUCUUGGCGCAGGUCACAUGUUUGAUCGAGAUGUCGAGCUGUAUCUAUAUUAUCAGAAUCCCCAUCAGCUCACUGCUAUAGUGGAGGCUGGAGCUCCUGCAGCAGAGUCAGGAUCUCUUAUGGGAGAUCCAGUGAUCAUGGUUAGUUUCUAUCCAGAGUUCCCUGAGUCAGUGAUGUCCUCCAUGUCGACGUGUGGUGAGUUUGUGUUUGUUAUGGACAGAUCUGGCAGUAUGUCCUGUAGCAUGCAUAAUGGACCAGGUGCACAGGAACGCAUCGACUGUGCCAGGGACACUCUUCUCCUGCUACUGAAGAGUCUCCCCAUGGACUGUUACUUCAACAUCUAUGGCUUUGGCUCUCACUAUAGUUCCUUCUUCCCUCAAAGUGUGCAGUACAAUCAGGACACUAUGGAGCAGGCGGUGCAGAAGGUAAAGGAGAUGCAAGCAGACAUGGGGGGCACAGAGAUUCUGCCAGCUUUGGAACACAUUUACAAGCAGCCUUGCAUCUCCAACCACCCAAGACAGCUCUUCAUAUUUACAGAUGGUGAAGUAGGAAACACCAAAGAUGUUCUUCACUGUGUCAAGAGCAAUGCUGAUUUCCACAGAUGCUUCUCAUUUGGGAUUGGUGAAGGUGCAAGUUCUGCACUCAUUACAGGAUUGGCUGAGAACAGCUGUGGCCACGCCCAGUUCAUCACAGGAACUGAUCGCAUGCAGGCCAAAGUAAUGCAGUCUCUUCGCUAUGCUUUACAACCAGCAGUGACUGAUAUCACUGAGGACUGGUUUGGAUUGUCUUUCUCCCAUCUGAGCCCCCAAAUUAAAUCACUGUUCCAUGGUCAAAGAGCACUGAUUUAUGCCCAGUUGAAAGGAGAGGAAUGUCAGAACCCAGAUGCUAAGGGAAAAAUAUCAGUGCAUUAUCGCCUGGGAGGUCAAAAGGUCACAAACAGUGUUGACUUCUUCCUGAAGCCUGUUGAGAACACAGGGUAAGUGCUAGGUGUAGUCU